AACAACCGCAUACCCAAUUCCCCAAUUCCCUUAUCUGCUCAUCCUCAAUUCUCUGUCCAAAGUUUCCAACUUUUCAUCCUCAAUUCUCUGUUCUAAAGCACUACUUCUCUGCACUUAAAUCCAAUUGCUUCGUCCUUGUUUAGUGACUCAUCCUCCUCCAACAAAACAACAAUGUCUGAGGCUGCAAAUUCUGAAGAUACUACUGGAGUUAAUAAUCUAGAAUCUGUCAACAUGAAUUCUGAAGCAAAUGAGACGCAAACAAUCACAAAGAAGAAGAAAAAAGUGCUGCAGAAGAGUGCCAAGAAGAGGAAGUUAGCAGAAGUUGCAGUUGAAGACGAGGAAGAUGAGGAUGAUGAGGAAGACGACGAAUCCAGUAAGAGGAAACCCUCUAGACCUCGUUCUUGGACUUGGGAUCAUUUUACUAAAGUAAUUGGUAAGUCAAAAAUCCCUAGAGCUCAAAGUAAUUGGUGUGGGGAAACUUAUGCAUGUUCUCAUAAAAAUGGAACCAGUAAUUUGAGUAAUCAUUUGUUGAAUCAAUGCAAAAAGGUUCCAAGAGAGAUAAAUGAUCCUAGUCAAAAAACUCUUAGUUUCCAACAAUUGAAAAAAGAAGAUGGGAAAGGGCUUGGUAAUACUUUGUCUGUUGUUGCAUUUGAUGUUGAAGCAUGUAGGGAAGCUUUAGCUAGGAUGAUUAUUGUGGAUGAGCUUCCUUUUUCAUUUGUAGAGGGGGAGAGAUUUCGUUACUUCAUGAGUCUUGUGCAACCUAAAUUAAAUAUCCCUGGAAGAAUCACAAUUGCUAGGGAUUGUUGGAACCUUUAUCUCAAUGAAAAGAAUAAGCUGAAAUCUUUUUUUAGUGUUCCAAAUCAAAGUGUCUGCUUAACAACUGAUUGCUGGACUUCUGUGCAAAAUCUUACAAAAAUAUCUAAAUUUUUGUUGGAUCAAGAAUCAUAAGGGGGAGACUAUUGGUAGAAAAAUUGAGAAGUGUCUUUUGGAUUGGGGAAUUUCUAAAGUUUUCACUCUCACAGUUGACAAUGCAAGCUCUAAUGAUACAGCUAUUGAAUACUUAACAAAAAGAAUGGAUGAUUGGAAUACACAUCCAUUGAAAGGAGAGUUUUUUCAUGUUAGAUGUUGUGCUCAUAUUUUAAAUCUUGUUGUCAAUGAUGGUUUGAAGGAUUUGCAUGAUAACAUUAAUAAGAUUAGGGAUGCUGUUAGAUAUGUGCGUGGUUCUUCUGGCCGUAAGGACAAGUUCACAAUGUGUGUUAAGGAUUGUAGGUUACAAGACACUAGUGUGAUACCGUUAGAUGUUCCGACCAGGUGGAAUUCUACUUAUCUUAUGCUCGAAAGUGCUUUGAAGUUUCAAAAGCCUUUUAAAAGACUAGCAGAGCGAGAUGUAGAGUUUGCAAAGAUGAAAGGUGGGGUUCCUAAAUCUGAGGAUUGGGAUAAUGCAAGGGUGUUUGUGAGAUUUUUGAAAGUAUUUUAUGAUGUCACACUUAAAGUUUCAGGUUCAUUGUUUGUGACUUCUUCUCAAUACUUCCAUGAAUAUUGUAUGGUGUUGAAAACACUAAACACAUGGGCUGGGAGUUUAGAUCCAUUACUUGGGGGCAUGGUUGUAAAAAUGAAAGCUAAGCAUGACAAGUAUUGGGGGAGCCUAAAAAAUAUCAACAUGAUGAUUUUCAUAGCUGUUGUACUUGACCCUAGAUACAAACUUCGAUUUGUGGAAUGGAGCUUUGCCAAUCUUUAUGAUAAGAAUGAUGUUGAUUAUUUAAGUGGAAAGGUGAAGGAUACUUUCAACAGUAUGUUCAAUAGCUAUAAAAAUGCUGUUGGAAAUGGUCAAUCUCAAUCAACUACACAAUCUGCUUCUGAAAGAGAAAAUAUUGAGUUGGCUGAUGUUGAUAAUUCAUUUGCUAUGGAAUUUGAUAAGGAUAUGAGUAUGAGUGACAAUAUGAAUACAAAUGAAGUGGAUUCAUAUUUUAAGGAGGCAUUAGAGAAGAAAACUCAUUCUUUUGAUAUCUUGAACUGGUGGAAAGUGAAUUCUAGCAAAUAUCCUACUCUUGCUUUGAUAGCUAAGGAUGUAUUGGCUAUGCCGGUAUCUACUGUUGCUUCAGAAUCUGCAUUCAGCACUGGGGGUCGAGUUCUAAAUAAUUAUAGGAGUUCACUUUCUCCAAAGACGGUUGAAGCACUAGUUUGUGCUCAAAAUUGGUUCCGAUCAGGUCAUUUGUCAAGUGAUAUUGAAGAACUUCUUGAAGAAUUUGAAAAGCUUGAGCAAGAAAUGGAGCCAAGUACACAACCUAUUCAAGACGAAUCUUCUGAUGCAGAGUAGUUGGUGAUAGAAUAAAUAAAUAUUGUGAAUUUAUUUAUGUCAUUAUUAUUUACCUGUAAUUAGGCUUAGAUUCUUCUGCAAUUACUAGCCUAGGUCAACUCUCUUGUAUCUAUAUAUACACUACAUUUUAUCAAUGAAAUUCACCUUUUCUGA